CCUCUAGAGAAUGGAUUCUAUCGGCUUCCAUCCUGGCUCGCUCGCCGCCGUGGUAGCUGCGCUUCUCCAGGGUCGGGGCGGAGGUCCCUCUCCUGCAGCCCGUAGGCCCAUUUCUGAGUAGAAAGAAGUGCCAGAGGCGCAGUUCGUGGGGGUAUCAGGGCUCUGUGGGCAAAGAUUGGCGUCUCGAUGGCGGAGGGCCUAGUACUGGAGGAUGAAGCUCUUGCUUGGUGAGAUGUUGAUGCCCAAGAAGAACCGUAUUGCCAUUUAUGAACUCCUUUUUAAGGAGGGAGUGAUGGUGGCAAAGAAGGAUGUGCACAUGCCUAAACACCCCGAGCUGGCAGACAAGAACGUGCCUAAUCUUCACGUCAUGAAGGCCAUGCAGUCUCUCAAAUCACGAGGCUACGUAAAGGAACAGUUUGCCUGGAGACAUUUCUACUGGUACCUUACCAACGAGGGCAUCCAGUAUCUCCGAGAUUACCUCCACCUGCCCCCUGAGAUCGUGCCUGCCACUUUGCGCCGUAGCCGGCCUGAGACUGGCAGACCAAGGCCCAAAGGUCUGGAGGGCGAGCGACCUGCAAGACUCACACGAGGGGAAGCUGACAGAGACACUUACAGACGGAGCGCUGUGCCCCCUGGUGCUGACAAGAAAGCUGAGGCUGGGGCUGGGUCAGCAACUGAAUUCCAGUUUAGAGGCGGAUUUGGUCGUGGACGUGGUCAACCACCUCAGUAAAGUUGGAGGGGUUAUUUUGUGUUGAAUAAACUUGUGGUCAGAAA